GGCUGCUCACCGAAGAAGGAGCUGCGCUGAAGGCCUGUCUGCAGACCAUGUCUCUGAAGAGCCUCUCCAAGGAGCCCAGCAUCAGCUCCAGCCAGAUGAUCCAGUGCUGCAGCAGACUGCAGGAGCAGCAGCCCCCGCUCAUGCAGGGCCUGCAUGUCUCCGUGUCCCACUUCUACUCAGUCCUGCAGGACGGAGAGCUGUGUAUUCCAUGGGACUGGCACAGCUGAGGAGCAUACCCAGACUUUCUAGAGACUAGUCACCCGAUGCUGCCACCAGGGGGGUGAGCGCUGCACAUCUUGUGGAACACGUUUAUUGUGGAUAAAUGGAAGUGUGCACAUUUGUCGUCUUCUUUUUGAAUAGAAAAAGCCACAUGAAGCAGUGAAUAUUCAACUUACUGUAACUUUUUAACCAUUAACACCAGAAUUCCAGCAGAUUUU